AUGCCUACCAACGCGAAUCGGCCCUUCCUCUCCAACUUCCUCGCCGCCUUCCGCGCGCAAUCUGCCUUCCAAAGCGCCGCGCCCUCCCCUACUUCUCAGUCGCCUUCCACCACCACCGCUUCGGCCAAGCCCGCAACGCAGUCGUACACCACGUCGUCAACAACCUACGACCCGUCAUCGCGGCCGACCGGCGGCGCCACCAAGCCCAACGCCUCCAACCCCACCACCGCCGCUGGCGCAAACACCACAACCACCACCACGACACAAACCUCCUUCUCGCCCUACGGCAAGGCCCCCAGCACACCUGGCACGCCGCCCCAGACUAGCGGCGGGUACAACUACAACAACGGCUACCCUAUCCCGCCCUCGUCAUCAUCCCCGUCCCGCCACCGCCGCGGGUCCGACAGCAGCUCUGACGGCGGUUUCCGCGAGAGGACGGGCAGUGCUGGCGCUGGAGGUAAUGCGAUGCCGGAGAAGUGGUACAUCGGCGGCCGCACGCCGGGGGGUGAGGAGCGGUUUUACAAGUUGGGGAUGGUGAGGCGGAUGAGGAGUAGUGAUCGGUUGAGUUUGGAUAGGUUGAGUUUGUGA